CCGCGAUGUGUCAUUUCGACGGAUAAAUUACCGCUCGUCAAAGCCGUCCCGUCUCCUCUGCUGUUCCAGAGCCAGGAUGUCUGCGGACGGCCGUUAGCUCGUUAAAUCCCCGUGUAUUCUACACCUCUUCUCUACCACUUCACUCGCUCGGUUUCUAAUUAGGACGAGGAUGAUAUUUCCAGCGGGCAACAUGUCCCUCAUCGCGUCGGCUCUGGCGCUGCUCACCGUCGUCCUCUGCACUUCUCAGGUCAGUGGGAACGAGGACUGUCUGUGGUACGUGGACAAAAAUGGCACCUGGCACAAUGGCUUUGACUGCCCUCUCAUAACGUUCUGCUGUGGGAACUGCCACCGGCGCUACUGCUGCCUGGACGCCUUCAAGAUGAUCACAGAGAGGGAGCAGAAGCGCUGCAUGCUCUUCCAGUUCAGCCCCACAACUUUAGCCGGCAUCGCCUCCUCCAUCCUGCUGUUUGUGGCCAUCAUUGCGACCAUGGUGUGCUGCUUCAUGUGCUCCUGCUGUUACCUCUACCAGAGGAGGCAGCAGAGGGGCAGGACACCUUAUGAUGCCCAGCAGAUCCCCAUGGCCAGCUAUCCAGUGGAGCCCAUGUAUGACGCCUAUGGAAAACCACUGGGACCCUCUGACUAUCCACACGCAGGUUAUCCAAUGGCACCCCAGUACCCUGGCAUGCCUCCACAGUACCCGAUGAUGCAGCCUGGACCUUAUCCACCACACCUGAUGGACCCUGCAUACAGCCAGGCCCCUCCACCUUACUCUCCACCUCAGUAUCCUGGACAUUGAUGAGCUCGUCUGCACGCGCACAUACACACAGAGGGAAACAACAGCAACUGAGAGCAAAGACUGUUUCAAAAGGAGAAGGCAGCAACACUCUCACACUCAAACACACACACACAUACACUCACACAAACACUCAAAUGCUACAACUCGACUAGCAGUGGUUUGUCUGUGAAAGAGAACAGGAGGCACUUUAAGGGUUGUUUUUUUCUUUCUUUGUUUAUUUACAAUGUUGUCCUACUUUUCCCGGAGUAUUUACGUAAGUCAAAUUCUGUUCUGCAACCUGACGCCUCGACGCUCCCGGCGGGUUUCACAGAGGCUGUCACACCAUCCCCAAAGUGAGGAGGUAUCCGGCUGGCGUCUCGACUCUGUGCUGCCACUUGUGCUCUGACACACUCACCUCAAUGACAGGGUGUGACCUAAAGACGGCAAAGAGGGGGAUAGGAGGGAUUUACAAAUAUGAUAAUGCACUCCCUCGUUAGUGAUCAAAGGGAAGAUGCUUUACUUCCUCACUUUUGUUAAAUUUGUAAUAAAUUGAAGUGAAUUUCAAA